UUUGCAAUAUUUGCAUGUUACCCCAUUCAUUUCAUCAACAUUCUUCCUCUUCCUCUUCCUCUUCCUCUUCCUCUUCCUCUUCCUCUUCCUCUUCCUCUUCCUCUUCUUCGUCUUCUUGCACGUCCACUUCUACUGCUUAUUGGCAGCAUUGACUACAAGGAUAAUUUUAUAAACGUGAAGAAGGCCUAAUGGAUAGUGCAUACACUAUACUUGGCGAACAGCCAAACGCAGUGCCAGCGAUGAGGAGUCAUCAUAGUCUGUCGAGACGUGAGAUUUUUCAGAAUUUGGCCAACAGGAUCAUCUACUCUAAAUUCUACAUGGUCCUAUAUCUGGUCAUGGCCAUCCUCAGUAUCUGGUCCAUAUUCCUCUCCAUUCAGCAGGGUUGCUCUAGCUCGGCGCUGUUUAUCGUUUUAGAGUCCAUCAUCAAUGGCACUAUGAUUGCAGAGGUCGCCUUGCGACUAACAGCGCUCGGCAGGACAUAUUGGAGGUCAUCAUCCAACAUUCUAGAUAUUAUCUUGGUGAUCUUUUGCUUCAUUACAUUGAUUUUAAUCCUUCAAGGUUGUGGAUCAGGACAUGAAGCCGAGAAAGUGCUUGAUACUGUCUUUUUGAUCCUUCGAAACGUGGUGCAAUUCUGGCGGCUCUUCAUUAUGAUUAGGAAGAACUCACUAAUUGCCAAUCCAAGAGUGGCAGCCAUUGAUUUCGAUAAUGUAAAUCGCCCAGAAUCCUUUGAUAUCGAAGGGUUUGGAGCUGAUGCAUAUGUCGAUGAUGACACCUUCUUGGCUGACGAGAGUGACGAUGGCCUUUAA